UUCUAUUAGAGCAGGCUGAGGACCUCCCCCUCUUCUCUGUGUGUUUGAGGCUUUCAUUUAUAUUUGUGGUGUUUCCGCUCAAAGAAAGAUGUUUGCUGUGGUAGAACAUAGAGGUUGUGCUGAAAUCUGAGUUACAAAAUGAAGAUCUUGCAGCUUCAAAUCUGUGAGUUUUUGAAUGCAUUUAAAUAAGAUUAAAAAAAAAGUGUCUAGGAUUAUUCAGUGAAUUAUUUAGAUUUUUAUAAUAAUGUGUUUUAUAUUUAUUUAUUUUCCUAUAUUAUUUUUCAUAGAUCUAUUCAUGUGGAAUGAAGUCACAGAGGCUCUGACACAAAUACAAGCAUCUUCAGGAGAUAAUGUGACUUUAGUCUGUAAUCUUGAUAUAGAGGAGAUUUACUGGUACAAACAGAACUUUCCGGAUCCUCCAGUGUUGCUAUUACGCACUUACAGGAGCACAUUUGAAGUAGCUGAUUAUGAAAACAUCAGAUUCAAACACAAAUAUUCACUGAAAACCAACAGCAGUUUGUUUAUCAAAAAUGUCACCGUUGAAGAAUUAGGAGUUUAUUAUUGUGUGAAAACUGCUACACCAUUUAAAUUCAGCAGUGGCACCAAAAUCUACAUCACUGAUUUUGUCUACAUGAAUCAGACAGAUUCAGAUGAUUGUCUACAACAUCAGACACUGUGGAACAGUCUUACCAUCACAUCUGUCUUGCUGAAUGCUUUUUUGAUCCUUGCAGUAAUUGGACUGGUGAAGAUCUGCCUUGAUGCAACGGGAAGAGAUAAAAAUACUUCAAAUAAACCUCAGAGAACCACGGCAGCUCAACACUGGAAGGAUUUACAGUGUGCUGAAAUUGAUUUGUCAAUGCAACCCAGUGGAACCAGGCCUUGUCAGGACCAGAGCAUCUAUUCUCUUAUUUUUUACAGCCAACAAAAUCUGUAUGAAGAAACUUAGAUUAUGUUAUAGUGUUUGUAUUUUAAUUGUUUAACAAUGUUAAAAGAUGCUUCUUAGAUAGGUUUGAAGUCUUUGUUCAUUUGUUUUCAUAUUGCAGGGAUAUACAGUAUCCUAUAUAAUAGUAAGUUUGGACACACAGAAUUUAAGUUUCUCUUGAUCAUUUCAUAGUUGUGAUGACUUUACUUUUAUUCUAAAAUGUUAUUUCAGACAAUGUUGUCUCGAACUGAAUCUUUUACAUUUGACUUUUUCAUACACACUAUCGGUCAAAAGUUUUGAAACACUUGACUGAAAUGUUUCUCAUGAUCUUAAAUAUCUUUUGAUCUGAAGGUGUAUGCUUAAAUGUUUGAAAUUAGUUAUGUAGACAAAAAUAUAAUUGUGCCACCAUAUUAAUUUAUUUCAUUAUAAAACUACAAUUUAAUAAUAAUUAAAAAGGACCGAAUAAUAAAGAAAAGCAGUCAAUAAGUGCCCAGCAUAGAUGGGAACUUCUUCAAUACUGUUUAAAAAGCAUCGCAGGGUGAAACCUCAAGAAAAUGUGAAGAGUACAUGUCCAUAAAUUAUAGGCAAAAGGUGACUACUUUGAAGAUGCUAAAAUAUAACACAGUUUUGAUUUAUUUAGGAUUUUGUUUAGUCACAACAUAAUUCCCAUAAUUCCAUUUAUGUUAUUCCAUAGUUUUGAUGACUUUACUAUUAUUCUAAAAUGUGAAUAUAUAUAUAAAAUAAAGAAUGAAGUGAAUAAAGAUAGUGUAAAUAUUAUGUGCAUUAAAAAGUAUUUACAGUAUUAACAAACAGUAAUCAAUUCAUAGUAAUGUUCAGUUCUGAGAUUGUUUGUCACACAUUACAUUAAAGUUUACAGAUCAUUAUAAUAAAAAUAUAAUUCAAAAACUAACUUCAUUAAAGAGAUACCAGGCUAGUUGGUUAAGUGGUCAUAAAGGGCUAUAUAUCACAAUAAUCAUAAAGGUUUGUCUUAUUUUUUGCACUAAAACUGUCACGAUUCCCUGUUGUCUGCUCUGUGUUUCUCCCCUGUCACCUGUCCCGAACUACACUUCCCAUAAUCCCCUGCCCUCAUCACUGCCAGUGUCAUUGUUCUCACCUGUGUGUAAUUUAAUCAUCAUCCUUCUGUAUUUAAGCCCUGUGAAUGUUAUGGUUGUCCGUGAUUGUGUUCCUGCCCGUGCCCGCCGUGGAUGUUUCUCAUGUUUAUACUUUGUUUUCCCCUCGUGGAUGUUUUGUUUGUUCCCUGUGUUGUUCAGUUACUGUUGUGGAGUUAUCCUUGUUCACCCUUUUAUUCCUUCAUUAAAGAGCUGCAUUUA